UAGAAUUUCGUAUACCGUACCCCCUCAUCACCCCUAUUAACUGGUAUCAAACAAGUUACAGCUAGUAGCAAUGUCUGUUGAAAUCUUACACAAAGAAGAAAAGGUGAUUUAUUACAUUUUUAUAAAAUUUUGUGAUUUCAAAAUUCACUAUAACAUUAUGCUUAUCAAAAGAUGUACGCCUAUUUAAUGAUGUGAUGACAACAAUAUGCCAACUGGUUGGCCUGCCACCAGCCUUGAGACCUCAGUAUGUUGCGAAAGGUCUGCCCCGCCGAACCGCCUCCAGUACGGUAAUGGACCCUGUCGAAAACGCACACGCACGGCACCGGUCGUUUAUCACGAAUUCCGAACAAAUAUUGUUAAUACUAACCUUAUUUAACCGCGCAAAAGAUUUAGUGACGUCAUUCGAAAGAAUUAACCGUCUUUUGUUUUGGAAAAGCUGGCCCAAUUCGUCGACCAAUGAUGUCGACUCUCCGAAUUCAUUUGUUUUGAAUGUGUUAUCAGUGAUAGUUUGUUAGGAGUCCGGACUCCGGAUGUACGUGAAUGUUAGUUAUGUUUCAAUUACUCUUACAUAGGGUAUUGUUAUAUGACUAAAGUCAGUUAGAUGGCAAGAGUUCAACGAGAUGCCUGGCCUCUACUUUAUACCUGUUGUGAAGGUUGGGAAAUGUAAAUGAAGGUCGGUUCAAAGUGCGCGAGAAACACAAUAAACUUUGACUUGUGUAAGAAUGUUUGAUUCUGUAUCAACGAAACUAGUUAAUGUACAAAAUGUUACCAGUUCAGAUGAAAUUUUGAAGGAAAUGUUAAAAGUCUACAUACAUGUGUUUUGUUACAAAGUUUUCUUUAAAGGCAACCUUGACUUUGUUUUAAAUGUGUGCGUGCUUGUCAAAGGUUUGAAAAACAAUUUUACAUCAUGUCGAUGUGUCGAUGGUUGUGUCAGUGAUGAAGUGGGUGGCUUUGACGACGCUCAUCGCGGCUGGGCUGGUCCAGAUACCCUCGCCAGUGGUGAGGGUCUCCAGCGGGCUGCUGAGGGGUCGCCUGGACCCAGGGGGCACCUACUACCAGUACUUCGGCGUGCCGUAUGGGACGGUCGAUGAAACUAACCGAUUCCAGGCUCCCCUGCCGCCGCCAACAUGGAAGGGCGUAUUAGAGGCCGUUAACGAACACAUUUGGUGCCCCCAAAGGCUCCUCGGUACAGAAAUCUUAAUAGGGUUCGAUCCAAAUUGUCUCAAUCUGAACAUUUAUACUCCAGUCACUGCAGACCCAGCAGGUUUGCUCCCCGUUAUGGUCUAUAUCCAUGGAGGUAGCUUCUUCGAAGGGUCCGGUAAUCGUUUCCUUUAUGGAGGAGACUAUUUCACCGAUUACGGUGUUGUAUACGUUGGUAUCAAUUACAGACUUAACGUUGAGGGAUUCCUGUGUUUAGGCAUAAAGGAAGCGCCUGGCAAUACAGGUUUGAGAGACCAAAUAGCUGCUCUUAAGUGGAUAAAGAAUAACAUCAAGGCGUUCGGAGGUGAUCCAGAUAAUGUUACUGUGUUUGGUGAGAGUGCUGGUGCCGCUUCCGUUUCCUACUUGUUGCUUACUCCAGCAGCUACAGGACUUUUCCACAAAGCCAUCAUGCAGAGCGCAGCUUCUGUGACACCUUGGUCAAUCCAGCAUGACCCCUUGCAAACCGCGAGCGAUCUAGUCAAUCAGUUAGGAUAUCACACUAAGGAUCCAUACGAGAUGUAUGAUAUAAUUUCAAAUAGAUCUCACUUCGAGUUAAUAAAAUCGAUUAAAUAUUCUGAACACAAACAUUCGAUAGCAGCUGAUAUUUUGUUUGGACCAUGUGUUGAGAAUCAAAUAGACGGCGUGGAACCAGUAAUCACUAGGUAUCCUCAAGAUAUAAUAAAUUCAGGAAAUUACACUAAAGUGCCAAUGAUAGUUGGAAAUAAUGACAAAGAAGGCAUAUAUUUUGUAGCAAGAGAUUUUGGGACUAGUGUAAAAGAAGUGGAUGUUGUAGAGCUCAUAAAAAACGAUUUGGUAUUUCCUAGCAAAGAAGAGAAGAAUUUGACCGCUGAGAAAAUACGUGAAUUUUACUUCUCGUCUGGAGAGGAGGAGCUGGUAAUGCAUUUGGUAGAUUUCUAUUCAGAUAUGCAUUUUAAAUUUCCUUUGAAGACCGAAAUAGAUUUGUACGCAAAAACUACAAAAGAACCUUUAUAUUACUACUGUUUUAAGUAUAGUGGAUAUAUGAACAUUCCGAAGUUUAGUUCUAAUUACGCGGCUGUGGUAGGUGCAUGUCACGCUGACGAGCUUUUCUAUAUGAUGCGAAGUUACAUGCUGCCAUUUCCUGAACGAUGGCUAGAAAAUACCACCCGCAGGCGAAUGCUCACCAUGUGGACAAACUUUGCCAAAUUCAGUGAUCCUACUCCAGUGAUAUCAGAACUGCUGCCAGUUAAAUGGCUCCCCAGCCGCGAAUGGAAUCCUUCCGCUCUCGUGAUCGAUUCCACUUUAACCAUAGCACCAAUGUGGGACGAGCCAUCGAUGACCUUCUGGAACGAUACUUACAACAAAUACCGAAGAAAAUAUUAUGGCUUUAAUAAAUCUAAAUUAUAAUUGAAAAUAAGAUAUUUUUGUGAAUUCAGUAAAUUAAAUUUAGUAUUAUGAUUUAUUCCUAAUGAAUCUGGAGAUAUUGAACAAUAUCGCUACCUUUGUACCGUUCAUUUUAUCAACCUUUUCUAAUCCGAUAAUGUUCGAGUAGGCGGGUAACUAUAGACGAAAAUAAAAUAGCAAUUGUUUUGCUAUGCUGUUUUCUUCUAUAUUCCUAAUUAUUAGAAAUGAAGUACCUAAAAGAUAAUAAUGCAUAAACAAUGGCGUGUUGAUGACAAUAAAGUAAGAAAUGAUCAACAACACGAUCAUAUAAUACUAGGCUUGCCAAAUGGCCGCAAAAUCUGGGAUUGUCCCGGAAUUUUGCGACUUGUCUCAUAUCCAUUAAUUAGACCAUAUUGUCCCCGAUUCCGAUAAUGCGCUAGUUUCGUAACAAAAUAAACUAAUAACCAAUGACAUCGAUGGACUGCUUGAUGUUUUAAUUCUUGGGGGUGAUGAGGGGUUUGAUUUAAUGCUUUAUCAGGGGGGGGGG